AUGCCAGCACGUCUGACCAUCCAGUCGAAGCCGCUUCGACUGUCAUUCAGGAAAGCGAGCUGGCUCUGCCCCCAAAAUCCUCUGCCAGCACAAAGAUGGUAUACGGCGCAGGCGAGGUCUGCUCGUGAGGCUCAAUCCUUUGCGUACACGUGGCUUACGAAGACGCCGGACGAGAUUGUCCCAAAUGAUGUGCUCGCAAACCUUCCUCCUAUUCCAGCCUCGCUGGCAGAGUCAGGCCAUAUUCCAAUUUUCCUUGUCACCCCUACCUUUGCGCCAUGGAUCGACCCCGCAAGCUCUUUCCUUGAACAAUGCGUAAACCGGUUUCUCUGUGAUACUCCGAAUGCCCGCUCCCUCAGUCCUUUCCAUGCGGUUGUGGCUAUUAUUGAUAGACUGCCUGAUGUUCGUGGGCAAUCUAGGGAUGCGUUGAUAAGUGGUCGGGGUCAAGCUCAGUCGGACUCCGAGGGCAUCUCCCUGUUAUUCGUGAAAGCGGAAAAUGUCCAAGGAAAAGCAGCUGAGACUCGUCAUUUCAGGAGCUCGGGAACCGAAGAGCCAGCUCUUGUAUUCUCGGUUAAUACAAAUACACCGGACAGGCCGGCUCAUGAAGUCGGAUUACGUCUCGCCAACACGAUAUUUAUCAAUGGCAACGAAAACACUCUCUUCGGUAUGCGAUGGACUUAUAAUGCCACAUCAAGCCGACUUGCAUUGGAUCAGUACGUCAAUCUUUCCAACUGUAUCAUUACAUCUUCCGUGAACUCCGUUCUCAAUACCCUCCGGUUUCCACUGUAUCCAGUCAGCCGCAGGAGAAAGGUUAUAUCCGGGAUGGGGAACAUUCUGCGUCAGGUAGCGAAAUCCGCUGAUGACGCCCAAUCGAAUGCCCCAAUGCCGGCUUCGUCUGAGUUGGAGAGGGAACUGCCCCGUUACAUUGACGAGCAUGGCAUUGUUGACCAGAGAGUGUCUGUCUGGGCUCUCGUCGAAACACCUGAAAUGGAUGUGCCGAUUGAAGCUGGCUCUUUUCAGGAUCGUGUGUCGCAUUCUCUUCGGGCAGGUGGUAAAUUACACCACGUCAUGAGCGGUGGCGGUGGUUGGGGAAAGAAACAAGGUCUCCUAUCUCUCGAUCCAGAAAUCAGCUUUUCGGAAGCAAACCGCGAGGAAUUAUUGACUGUCGAUCAGUUGUUCGAGCCUGGCGCAGAAAGUGCAGACCCUACGCCUGAUUUGCCGCCAUUUUUGGCUAAAGGCUUUGGAGAGGAUCUGUCGACUCUUUCUCAAACAGCUAAACCAGGUGACUACGUCCAGUUUUUUGUGGGAGUAGAACCGAGUGAAGAUCAGGAUAAGCAUCCGGACAUUGCGAAGCCCCGGGAAGGGUCCAUUUCAUGCCAGUUCGGGGUCGUAACUGGAAUCCCUGAAAUACAAAGGAUUGACGGACAACAGAAGGACUUGGUUGUUCUUCCUAAUUGCUUUGGAGCGCUGUCUGAGAAAGCAAUUACCUAUCAGCAGCCUAUCAUGGACGCUCAAGCAAACGAACAAGUUUUUGAAUCAGGUACUAAGCUCAAUGUACCGGGAUGCCGGGUGGAGUUGACUCUCGCAUGA